AUGACGGAUCCAGAGAGUCUGAAGAAAUACGUCGACAGUUCACUCCGUGAAGAGGAGGACUUUCAUUUCCUCCGAUUCGAAUAUCUCCAACGCCUGAACUUGACCAACUUUUACAUCACACUCGCCCACCAGAAGAGCAGGCUGAAGAAAGAAGGGUUGCGCUCCGAGGAAGACGGCGUGAAACUCCAAAAGCUCCUCCGGGACUAUGCAACUGCGAUCCGUGACUAUCGGUACCUCCACUCGAGCAAGGCCGUGCCCGUGACCAAGAGCGGCGAGCGAAAGGCCCUACUCGAGGCCUCCUUGCGGUUCGAGGACGGGUUUCCCCAUUCUUUCGCCAGCCAUUACCACUUCUUCGAGGACGAGACGGCACAGAUCGACCCCCUGCGCCGGUCCCUCAUGGCCUCGCUGCCAAAGGUCCUGACCUUCUCGAGUGAGGAAAAGGGCCGGCGCGCGAGAGAAUAUCAUGACGGGGACCCUCCGCAUCAGGUCUCGACGUUCGUCGACCGUCUGGCUCGGUUCCUCAUCGCGCUGACGGGCGGCGGCUUCCUCAUCGGACCCAUGAUCAUCAUGGCACUGGGGCCCUCGCUACACAAGAGUCUCAUCACCGUGUCCGUUGCGCUGGUGCUGUUCUCGCUGGUCCUCUCCUUUGGUAUUCGGGUCUCCAACAUCGAGACGCUGGUCGCGACGGCGACGUACGCUGCCGUCCUGGUGGUGUUCGUCGGCACGAGCUCCGCAGAUGGCGGCAGCUGA